UUAUGUCUUCGUCUAUGACGUGAUUUAAUAAUUUUGAACAUUUUCUAUUAUAACAAAAGUAUUAUUACAAAAAUACCUACUUAUAAUUCGUUUAUUUCUAUGAUUAUCUAGAUGAUUAAGUUUUUAUUUUAUUUUUUCGUACUAUAUUUAUCCAGUGAGAAAAAAUUAUGAUAAAGUAAUAUGCUUAAUGUAAUUAAUAUACAAAGGAGGUUAUUGUACUUUCACCAUAAUCAAACAAUAGUGAAAAUUGUUAUAAGAUGUAUUGGACUUUUCAUAUGCAUGGAGGUCCAAGACGUGUAAAUCAUGCUGCUGUCGCAAUUGACUCUAGUAUAUUCACAUUUGGUGGAUACUGUAGCGGAGCAGAUUAUAAAAACUUUAAACCUAUUGAUAUACAUGUACUAGAUACUAUUAAAUUAAAAUGGUGGAAAUUAGAACUUCAAGAUCAUGAAUGUGAAAAUACUCCAUUUCAAAGAUAUGGCCAUACAGCUGUAGCAUACAAUAACAAUGUAUUCUUGUGGGGUGGCCGAAACGAUAAAGAAACAUGCAAUACAUUAUAUUGUUUUGAUACCCAUGUAUUAAAAUGGUCUAUACCAGUAACAUUUGGAAAUAAGCCAGUACCUAGAGAUGGUCAUUCUGCUUGUAUAAUUAAUUAUUGUAUGUAUAUUUAUGGUGGCUUUCAAGAAAGCCAAUUCUCUCAGGACUUAUGUAUGUUUGAUUUCCGUUCUAUGACAUGGCACAAAAUCAGAACAGAGGGAACUCCACCAUCACUUAGAGAUUUUCAUACUGCUACUGCAAUUGAUAACAAAAUGUAUGUUUUUGGAGGUCGUGGGGAUGUGCAUGCACCCAGAAUAACUGACAGAGAAGUUUACUGUUCAGAAAUUUAUUACUUCGACACUACAACGCAUACUUGGAUACGACCUAAUGUGUACAGCAAUAAACCUCCUGGUAGACGUAGUCAUUCUGCUUUUUAUCAUAACGGAUUUUUAUACAUAUUUGGAGGCUUCAAUAGAAAUAUGAAUCUUCAUUUCCAAGAUAUAAAUCGUUAUGAUCCUACUAGUUCUACUUGGAUGACCAUUACACCAAAAGGUGUAUCACCAUGUGCUAGACGAAGACAAAUUUGUUUAGUAAUUGAAAAUAGAGUAUUUAUAUCUGGUGGAACUAGUCCCAUACCACCAAAACCUCCUAUUCCUUUGAGACAAAUGGAUUAUGAUCUAACCGAACAACUUUUCAACCAACUAAAAGAUCACGAUGACCUUCAUAUUUUAGAUCUCAAUCCCAGUUUAAAAGAUAUGUGUCUAGUUAAAGUAUGGGAAAAACUUGAAGAAGAGGAAAUUAACUUUGAUGAUCUUGACAUACCAAAAACACUAAAAAAUGAUUUAGCUGCAGUUGAUCCUUUUGAAGUGAUUGACACAGGUGUUGUAGAUUCUUCUUCUCCGUCUUAUGAAAUACAUUUUCCUCCUCUGCCUUUGCCUGAGCAAUUGGUUGAUCUUCCGCCUAAUCCAUUUGAAUAGUUCUUAUUUAUAAAUUUUGUAUUUUCAGUUAUAAAAAUAUAUAUAUAUA